CAACAACAUCGAAUCGCUAAAUCUGCGAAACGCAGCAGAAUCAAUCUUAUAGGGUGCCAGCGCGUGUAUAGACUUCACAAACACAAUGUCACGACCUGCUGCAAGGAAGGCAGCGCCGAAAGGCGAGUACAUCGAGACAGACUCAGGAAACAAAGUCUCCCGGCGCGCCGCCAUAACCGGAACCGCCAACAUCACUCUCGGCGGACGCACCGUCAUAAUGGCCGACGUCCAGCUGCGAGGCGAUUUACAUCCCACAAGAUCCGCACCCUCACAAUCUGGACGCGAAACAACACCUAUCAGUAUCAACAUCGGCCGAUGUACAGUCAUCUCGACAGGCAGCGUGAUCAAGCCCCCAGCGAGGAUAAGUAGAGGGCAGGUGCAUUACUAUCCCAUGAAGAUCGGGGAUAAUGUGUUUGUCGGACCAAACAGCACCAUAUCCGCCAUCUCCAUCUCAUCACACGUCCACAUCGGCGCCAAUGUUACUAUCCAACCCUUCGCCAUCAUUAAAGAAAACGUCAAAAUUUUGCCUCACGCCGUGGUGCCCACGAACAUGGUCAUUGCUUCUGGGUCGGUAGUGGGUGGGCAGCCUGCACGUAUUGUUGGCGAGGUGGGAGAGGGCUGGGGUGCUGGUGGGGGAGGAGCCGGAGGUGGACUGGGCGUUGGUGGUGGUGGAGAGGAGAAGUGGGUUGAGGGUGGUGACCUGAGGGAGUUGGUGAGGAGUAUCAAAUAA